CUCUGAAGGUGGGGGCAUAGAGCAGUACAGCUAUUAGCUCCGAGCUGCAGACAUCAUUCCGAGUAGAGGGCAGACGAUUCCAUCGUCAGCGCAGGAACAGGGAGCCCUGGCAACAAUAAGAGACAUACUCUUACCAGACCAUUACACCUUACAGGAAUGGUGAAAGCACCUGGAGCGAGACAGACACGGACAGAUAAAGAGGGGAUCUGGGAGCAGGCUCCCCUCAGACUAGUGACCGAGAGAAACAGACACAGCAGCAGUUACUGCAGUACUGACUGGUCCCCUGUCUUCAACUGAACCACAGUACUGACUGGUCCCCUGUCUUCAACUGAACCACAGUACUGACUGGUCCCCUGUCUUCAACUGAACCACAGUACUGACUGGUCCCCUGUCUUCAACUGAACCACAGUACUGACUGGUCCCCUGUCUUCAACUGAACCACAGUACUGACUGGUCCCCUGUCUUCAACUGAACCACAGUACUGACUGGUCCCCUGUCUUCAACUGAACCACAGUACUGACUGGUCCCCUGUCUUCAACUGAACCACAGUACUGACUGGUCCCCUGUCUUCAACUGAACCACAGUACUGACUGGUCCCCUGUCUUCAACUGAACCACAGUACUGACUUCAACUGAACCACAGUACUGACUGGUCCCCUGUCUUCAACUGAACCACAGUACUGACUGGUCCCCUGUCUUCAACUGAACCACAGUACUGACUUCAACUGAACCACAGUACUGACUGGUCAGUACUGACGGGUCCCCUGUCUGGUUCCCUGUCUUCAACUGAACCACAGUACUGACUGGUCCCCUGUCUUCAACUGAACCACAGUACUGACUUCAACUGAACCACAAUACUGACUGGUCCCCUGUCUUCAACUGAACCAUAGUACUGACUGAACCGAACCGCUUCCUGUUUCCUCCCACCCGGACCACUGGACAAGAACCAGGCCCAACCGCCUCCUACACUCAGUUGGUGCUGAGGAGGAAGUAGUGCUUCGUUCUGAGUGGAGGAUCCCUCCAUGGGCUGUACCACCCGUUGACACACAGGAGGGAUCAGAGGAGCUCCACUGAAUGAGGUUCCCGCUGCCAUCCAGGAGGCUCGCUCUCAGAGGGAAAUGAUUCCGCAUGAAGUUGACGGACGGCUCUCUUCCUCUCUCCACGGAAACGGCAGGUGUGACUCUCGCUGCUCCCACGACAACAGCAGGUGUGCCCCUCUCUGCUUCUCGCUGAGCCAGAGCCAGGCGUCCGACAGACGCUGAGCUAAAGGACAGGACAGACCCCCUCCGUCCCUCUCUACUGCCUCCACCCUACCCCCUCUAACUUACCCCCUACCCCCUCUAACUUACCCCCUCCAACCUUCCAGUCCUCUGACCCCAGCCACCCACACAACCAGCAGGAGGGCCUAUUCUGUCAACGAGGAAAAGCCAAGAGAGAGAGAGUGAGGGAGACAGCCAAAGACAGGAGUGAAAUAGAGAGUUAACGAGGGAGAGACCGAGAUAGGAACAGAAAGAGAGUUCUAAAGUGAUAGUGUGAGAGAGACGAGCCAAGGCUAGUGUAUGUAACAGGAAGUUGAUAGAGAAAAGAUAACAGUAUGAAGUCCAACCAGGAGCGCAGCAACGAGUGUUUGCCCCCCAAGAAGAGAGAUUUCCCAGCUAGCACUGUGGACGAGAGGCCCCUGGUGAUGGCGCCUGCUAGUGAGAGCCAGCGCGGAGAGAACCUGGCAUGGCUGGCCAGCGUAGCCAGCGGGCACAACAGUGGGCACGAUAGAGACAGUGGUGGAGGUGGCCUCGAUGGCAGUAGAGGUGGGCAGCGUAUCAGCACUCCCAUUGAGUCUGACGGGCCACAGUACAAACCGCUAUGCUCCACCAUCACAACACACACAGACUUCCUGGUCCCUUCCUCUAUCUGUUCCAUCUCCUCCUCCUCCUCUUCAUCACAUCAGUCCAGAGUUGUGACCACAUCCCUCCCUGCCAUGUACACUUCUGCUUUGUCCCAACCAGGGGGGACGAUCCAGUACACCCAGCUGCCCCCCAACGUCCAGUUCAUCAGUUCCCCUUACACAGGCCCCUACGCUGGCUACAUCUCCUCCCAGCUCCUCUCUCCCCCUCCACCCACCUCCACAUCCCAACGCUCCCACCCUGACCCAUACCCCAACACCACCAUCACCUCCCAGUCCCAGAUCUCUGGUUCCUCUCUGAGCGUGGCCCCCCAGACUGCUCCCUCGCCACACGGUGGGACCCACCACCUGCCCCUCCACCUGCACUCCCACCCCCACCACACCCUGGCCCUCAGCGGGGGCUCCCAGGUGCUGGUCCAGUACACAGGCCCCGGUCCUGAGGGGCCCCUGACGAAGAGAGAGGAGGGCCGGCCCAGGGAGUUGCACAACGGAGAUCAGAGGGGCCACUAUGAGAGAAAGGAAAGCAAAGGAACCCCCUCCUCUUCUUCCUCCUCUUCCUCUCAGUACCACCAACUCCACCAGCAGCAGAGCGCGCAGCAUCACUAUGAGGCCUACACCUCCCAUGAUGCAUCAGGGCAACGGACCUCACUAAUGCUAGUGCCCAACAGCCGCGGAGGAUCAGACAACCACAGCCCCGACAAACUACGGCCAUCCGCCGCCUCGCACACAGAGAAAGGCAGCCUCCUUCUGGGUAAACCUGUGUCCUGCACCCCCUCCUCCUCCUCCACGUUCACCUUCCCCCCUCCGCUCAGUGUGGAGAGUCUUAAGGCGGCCGUCAGCUCCCUGUCCCCUCACACCCACACAGUCAUCCAGACCACACACAGCGCCAGCGAGGCUUCGCCCCUCUCCCUGGGCCAACUCUCCACCAAUACCAACUUCUACCAGGCUGGCCCCGGCGGGCAGCCCAUCAUCGGCUACCUGGCUGGGAGUGCAGGAGGGCAGCGGUACCACACCAGUCUGCCCCAGCACCUGCUCAUCCCAGGGGCCCCAGGGUCUCAACCUAUCAUCAUCCCCGUCAGUGGGGCUGGGGUCACCAGCCUGGAGGCUGGCCAUGCUGCCCACAUAGCCACUACAACCCAACCACAGUCCUUCCCCACCACGCUACCCCACACUUACUUCACCAACCCUAACCCCAACCCUAAAGAUGAGCAUCUAUUUGAGGUCCCGGCGCCCUACCCCCCUCUCUCCCACCCUGCCGGGGUUGGAGGCACUGUCGUCCAGGCCCAGCUUCACCUCCCGGUUGUCCCAGCUCCCACGACCCCCUCCUCAGCCCCCUCCUCGGCCCCGUCGCUGCCUCCCUACUUCAUCAAGGGCUCUAUCAUCCAGCUGGCAGACGGGGAGCUGAAGCGCGUGGAGGACCUGAAGACGGAGGACUUCAUCCAGAGCGCUGAGAUCAGCAGCGAGCUGAAGAUAGACUCGUCCACCGUGGAACGCAUCGAUGGCAGCCACACGUCCAACUUCGCCAUCGUACAGUUCUCCGUGGGCGAGCACCGCGCUCAGGUGAGUGUGGAGGUGCUGGUGGAGUAUCCCUUCUUCGUAUUCGGCCAGGGCUGGUCAUCGUGCUGCCCGGACCGGACCACUCAGCUGUUAGAACUACCCUGCACCAAGCUCUCAGUGGGGGAUGUCUGCAUCUCCCUCACCCUGAAGAACCUGAGGAACGGCUCCCUGAAGAAGACGCAGCAGACCCAGAACCAGGCUACUGAGAUCACUACCAGCUGCAAUAUGGGCUCCAUCCACGGCCCCCUCAAAUCCUCCAGGUCAGCCAGGCACGGGGAGCAGGAGAACGGGGUGGGCCAGAGAGGCUCCAGGAGUGGAUGUGGGAGAGUGGUGGUUGGAGUAGGUGGAGGUGUUCAGAUCGCCUCAGAGAAUGGGGAACUGAGGUUCGGCGCUGGGGGAGAGGCCAACUCGAAAGGAGGCCAGUCUGGAGAUUCAGAAUCUAGUGGUGGUGCCGCCAAGCCGGUGAGCCGCAAGAGGAGAUGGUCGGCCCCCGAGGGCCGUAAGGUGGAGAGGAGCGAGAAGGAGCCCCCGUUGACUCUGCCCAAACCUUCCUUUAUCACACAGGAGGUAAAGAUCAGCAUCGAAGGCAGGUCAAAUAUAGGCAAGUAGUGAAGGCAGGAGAUUUAAACAAGACUGUUCAUUCAAAUAUGGGAUUGGAUGGUGAUUCAAAAAAGAAAAAGAAAGAAAGCCCACAUGAAAUGUUAAUUUUAGAUUGUUUUCUUGUUUUUAUUUUCUACCCGGAUUUCUGUACUGUAGGCAAAAUUUUACCCAGUACUUACAUGUUAUCACCUUACAUUAAGUUAAGUUGGUAAUAACAUUGUAAUAGAUGCGUUCGGUAUUAGGUAAACAAGCAACCGGUGCAAUUGUUUAGGUUUUUUUUCCCACAAAUCUCUGGGCGAGGGGUUUUGUGAAGUUUUGUAGAUGUUUUAUUGGUGGUUUUGUGGCACACAAGAGCACUGCGUGAUACCUCUCUGGUCAUGUGACGGCUGCAGGUGGACAAAUACAUAAAAUGAAUAAAACAUGUAGUUAGCUUUCCAAUCGCGGCUUGGGGCAUGACUAAACGGGUGUAAUGUAGACCCGUGAGUGAUGUCACUUCCUUUGUGAUGUCACUUCCUGAUACAGGCACUACUGACGAGAGUGUUCAGGGAGUCUGGACUGGACUGGUCUGGUCUGGACUUAAUCACUCUCGAUGCCACCAUGGUGGCAGACUGAGUUGAUAUGAUGUCAUUUAUCCCAAGUGACUCAAGACGUCUUUAGAUAAGCGUCUGUAACCAUUUUAAACCCUCAUGACAACACAUCUAAUCAAAAACAAGGGGUCACCGGAAGCCUUGACACUCAUCCAUCUAGACCACUUAGCUAGGUGAUGUCAUCCUGCAGGCCAGUCCAGCCAGGUGAUGUCAUCUAGCAGGCCAGUCCAGCCAGGUGAGGUCAUCGAGCGGCGCCAGUGUGCCUCUAGAAAGAGGGAACUCUUCCUUCCUUUGUUAUGUUUUGCUGACACUGAUCUCUUUAUGUUAUUAUUUUUGUUUUUGAAACAUUUUUAUUUUAACUUUUUAAUUUAGUUUUGCUUGUCAAUUUUGACCUUUCAUCCUAUCUUGCCCAGUGAGUUGAUAAUGAUAUAUUUGAUGAUUGUCUAGAACUUUGAGAUCAGGGGUCACAUGUAUGUACGUAUAGUUUGAACCAAGGUGGUAAAGUUAAAUGUCUAUGUUAUUCCUUUAUACCCUAACGAUGCAUACAUUUGCAGUCACACUGGGUUGAAAUGAACUAUGAAAAUAGGAAGAUGAUUAUACUCCAUCCUUUUACUUGGUGCAAAACCUUUUGAUUUGUAUUCUUAUGGAGAGAGAGGCAGAAAGAAAGUGGCACCCUAUUUCAACAUAGUGCACAACUUUUGACCAAGGCCCUAUCUCUAUGAGCCCGGAUCAAAUAUAGUGCACUAUGUAAGGAAUAGGUUGCCAUUUGGGACUCUGUCAGAAAGUCAGUGUUGAGUCUUUAGAGAGGAGAGGGACAGGAUGUUGUGUUGAAACACUUUCAUUUGCACACCUGUCACACUCACCAACUGAUGAUAUCACAACUAUUAUUAUUAUUAUUAUUGAUCUCUUCAUUAACACAGUACUGUAUGUUUUUGUUAUUUUGACUUAAGGAAGAAGUAGAACUCUGUGGCAGCAGCACUUUUGAACGAUGAAGGGGGUCAAUGUUGAUGUCUUGGUGUCUUGGGGUCACACUACCUUUGAAAGGGAUGAAUGUGACAUGUGAUGGAGUGAGUGCCAGUUAGGGGAGGGAGGGAAAGAGAGAAGAGGAAUAUGGAAGAAGGUAUAAUAUCAGAGAGUGCUUUUUGUUGAGGCACUUUACUCAAAUCAAAACAUGCUUUUCAAAAUAUGCGUGCGGUCAAAAAAUGUACCUUUUGACACAUAACUGCCUUGUCAGGGAUAUCAAAAGUCAAUGAAAUCCAAAAGGAGAAUGGGUAAAGAAUGGGAAUAAUUGUGGGAAUGUCCAGGUAUGUUGUGGACGAGAUUGAGAGACAGUUAUAGACGUUCUGGCCACAGAAUUUGUGAAGGGGGUCAUAUACAUAAUGUAUGUAUGUAUGCAAGUGUGCAUGAAUGCAGGUAUGUGUUAGUGCACACACACUCACAAGAGCACACACACUCACACGGAAUACAGUACCCACACAGACAGGCACUUUCCUAAAGGAGAGGAUUGUAUGUAUUUCAUACUUGUUGAUAUACGUUUAGUAUGUAUACAAAUACUUUUGUGGCAUAGAUAUUUCCCCUUGAUGAUGUAGAGAAGCCAAGAUAUUUGAGUAGCAGACGAAGAUGAUAGUUAGUCUCAGUGCUCUGUGCAGUGUGUGUUUGUUGCCGUGUGUGUGUGUACGUACGUGUUUGUAUAUGUGUAUAGAAAUAUCAUAUAACUUAAUAUGAUAUAUCCAAUGUAAAAUGUCCAGUGUUUCUGUUUUUGGAGUUCUACUUAAGAGAAUCUUGCAAUUUGCACAUCUGGAGAGGUAGUCAGUUGGGUGACAUUACUUUUUGACUGUGUUCAAAAUAUACUUUUCUCUAUACAGUGCACUGGCCAAAAGUAGUGCACUAUAUAGGGAAUAGGAUGCCAUUUCAGACAGAACUAUGUUUUCAGCUAGGUUGCACAUACACACCGAACUGAAACCCCAUUUUACUGAAUUGUAGCAGUUAUUUAACAAGUGUGAUCCAUGCUGAUUGUCUCCAAUGCUCUCUGCUCUGCUCCUCAUUGGACCACACCUGUGGCAUGUCCAAGUCCCGCCCACUUGUUGCGUGUUUGGUUGAGAGACAUUGUGGAGCCGUGGGCGGGGCCACCAGCAGGUACACCUGUUGAGCUCUCUGAUUGGCCGCGUUUUUCAGGUGUGUUUAGGUGGUAGAAGAUGUGGCAGAGAACUAGAAGUAUGUAGAAGUUGCUUCUAACUACUGCUCUAGGUUCAAAUGUUUAGUUCAUCCUGCUAAUGGUUAGUGUUAGGAGUGGGUGCAGGCCAGAGGAGGCUGGUGGGAUGAGCUAUAGGAGGACAGAUUCAUUGUAAUUGCUGGAAUAUUGGAACGGAGUCAAACAUGUGGUUUCCAUGUUUGAUACUGUUCCAUAUAUUUCAUUCCAUCCAUUCAAAUGAGCCCGUCCUCCUAUAUCUCCUCCCACCAGCCUCUUUUGGUGUAGGCUAAUCUGAUCCUAGAUCUGUGGUUAAGAACAACUCCCACGUGGACUGUGGUGAAAUAGGAGGAUGGAUGCGGGUGAUCGGCGUAGUGAUGGACGGAUGGAUGUGUGACUUGGAUGGAUGGAUGAAGACAGAUGGGUGAUGGUGAGUGAGUAGACACCACGUAUAGGUUGACUUGGAUGGAUGGAUGAAGACAGAUGGGUGAUGGUGAGUGAGUAGACACCACGUAUAGGUUGACUUGGAUGGAUGGAUGAAGACAGAUGGGUGAUGGUGAGUGAGUAGACACCACAUAUAGGUUGGAAAAUGCUUUAUUUUUUAUAAUAAAACAGGGUUUCUCAGAUCAACA